UUCUCUCUCUAAAAACUCAUAAAAAAACCCACACAAGGUCAACAAACUUAUGAGGAUCAACAACUGUGAAGAGCAAAGCAAAGCAAAAGAGAAAGUCUUUUGAAACGUCCAUGAGUUAUUGCAAAGUGGUUUAUUCGUGUCUCAUGACUAACACUUCUACUACAACUUCUACUCCUUCUUGGUCAAACAAGAAUGCACCGUCCUAAUUAUCCAUUCUCUUGAAACCAACCUUCCAUUUUUUUUCUUUUUUUCUGGGUCAAGAAUUCUCACUACUCAAAAAUCUGUAACUCUAGAAAAAGAAAAAUUGUAUCCAAAAAAGGGAAAAAAUCCAAAACCCACUUGAAUUCUUCUCCUUAUUAGUUGAAAAAUCUCCAAUCUAUAGAUCUGAUUGGUUAGAUAGAGAUCUUGAUGGAUUUUGGGUCUUCAAGAGAUGGGGUUUUCUCAGAAGACAUUGAGCAUAUAAACAACAACAACAAUAUUAAAAACAGGAUAAACAUUCAUCCUUUCUCUUACUCCAAUUCUUCGCUGUCGACGCUGAGCGGCAGUACCACCACCGGUCCCGGCCCCGACACAAAGCUCGAGCUCAUGAACUCGUCGUCUCCGCAAAACGACGACGCAUCGGCGGCUGCGACGGCGACGGCGGAGGAGAAUUAUCAGAGCAUAGAGAGGGAGCACAUGUUCGACAAGGUCGUGACGCCGAGCGACGUCGGGAAGCUGAACCGGCUGGUGAUUCCGAAGCAGCACGCCGAGAAGUACUUCCCGUUGGACUCGUCGACGAACGAGAAGGGCCUUCUGCUCAACUUCGAGGACCGGAACGGCAAGCCGUGGCGGUUCCGGUACUCGUACUGGAAUAGUAGCCAGAGUUAUGUGAUGACAAAGGGUUGGAGCAGGUUUGUCAAGGAGAAAAAGCUCGACGCCGGCGACGUUGUGUCGUUCCAGCGCGGUGUCGGUGAGCUCGGCAAGGACCGGCUUUUUAUAGACUGGCGGCGCCGCCCUGACGCGCCUGAGAACCACCACCACCACCUUGGAGGCAUGGCGUCGCUCCACCACCAUCUCCCCGCGGCGGCGGCUUUUUCCUUCCCGUCCGUGCCGUGGAGCCACUCGCUAAUGCGGCCGCCUCCGCCAUUUCAGUCGCCGAGGGACGUCAGCAGCGGCGGCGGUGCGGGACAGCUGCAGUUCUCGCCUGGGAUGGUGAAUUACGGCGCGAUUAGUCUUCACCACCACCAUCAUCCCUAUCGGAAUAGCUACGGCGGCGGCGGCGGUAAUUCUUACGGUUUCGGAGGGCGCGUUCCCUCGGUGUGCUCGGCGGGGCCCGUUUUUUACCUCAGGUCAUCGGCCGCACCGCAGGAGGAGCAGCAGGCUGCCGGGGUGGUGGUGCAACGGGGCGGCGGGGGAGGAGGUGUCGAGCAGAUGGUGUUCGAUUCGGUGCCGGUGGUGCACGCAAAGGCGGCAGCGGCGGGGAAGAGACUGCGGUUAUUCGGAGUGAAUGUGGAGUGUCCGGCGGAAUCCGAAUCCGAAGAAUCAUCAACAUAUGAUACUCAUCAUCAUACAAUGGCGGUAUCUCCUCAUCAUCUUCACCUUUCUUCUACUUCUUCUUCUCCUUCUCCUAAUUCACAAUCUCCUCUCGGCCAGUUGAGGCUCUACAAUGGCACGCCGAUCCCCGGGAUUUCGACCGUCGAUUAUCUCAACAAAGGGAAGGCUUCCAUGACCUCCAAUUUUGACAUCUGAUACAAAGACCAAGAAGAAGAAGAAGAUGACGAAGGCGAAGAAGAUUCAGUACUACUACAACAUUAUUGCAAAUCAUGAUAUGUGGAGAAGAGUACUUAAGAAAAAGGGAGAAAAAAUGGAAGUUAAUUUAGCUUGACGACUCACACAGCUUCAAAAAUGACUCCAAACUUUGGCUUCAUUUUGGUACUACUUUUUCUUGAUGCAAACGACUAGCUUUUUUUUUUUUUUUUUUUUUUUUUUUUUUUUUUUUUUUACCAAAACAUCCAAUGUGGGAAAUGGCUCGUAAUAACGGAAUUGGGAAAGUGAGAUUAUUUUCAGUUAUGGGUACACAGAAAGAAUUGGGGUAGUACUACAAAGGUUUGGAGAAUUGGGCCGUUUUUCUUCUUUUUUGGGGGGUGAGGGACGGGUGGAGAGAAUUAGCCAAAGAGAAACGCAUGUCUUCUUUAUUAUUAUUAGUUUAAUUUUAACUCUUGUGUACAAAUAAUUUUAUAGUACAAUUUCAUGAUAUAUAGAGAUCAUAGAGGAAUUAAGUAUAUUCCAUCGAUGAAGACAUAGAUUAUAUAUUUUAUAUAUUAAAUUCCUCAU